CUUCCCACGGACUUUCUGGUAGCCCGGUGUGAACCCGACCACAUCGUUGCACAAAUAGGAGGUGACCCGCCGAAUCGUUGCAUAAUUCCCUGGCAGCACACACUUGUUCACCAUGCGGCCCUCAGGAAUUCGCCUCGCUAAACAUGUCCACAAUGUAUUGAUAAGGUUCCCAGACCGAAGAUUGCCGAAAACGGCGCAUGUGCCUCACCCUCACCCUAGCGCUCCUAAAGAGAUCCAAGAGGCAUUUGGGGAGUUUCUUAAAAAGAUUGAAGCGAGCUCAAUACGACCCGCAGACCAACCCGGGAGCAUUUCUAGGGCGGCGAGCAGGGAUGCAGGUCGGAAUUUCUGGGAAGAAGGUGCUUCCAAGUAUUGGAAUCCCAUCCCAGUAGAAGAAUGGGAAAUCGAGGCAAUCGAAAGUGGGGGCGCUGUAAUGCCCUCCAGAAAAAACUAGAUUGGGACUGUAAUCACCUGCAACUAUCCAGUAGCUUCUAAGGAUCGAAUACCUGGCCAAAUGAUUACACAUGUCCCGACGAGAACACAAUUGAAGUAGUGUACAUCAAUCUUUCUCCCCGUACGCGAUGAGAGCCUUCUCGACUUCAUCCUGGCUUAGGACUCUCCACUUCCCCCUACUUUUCUCUGGCUCUGACUCCGAUGUCGAAACUAUCCCAAUCUCGAUCUCGCCCGGCUUAUAUUCAGUCGAGUGAACCGUUGAUAAAGUUUCAAUUGCAAGUUCGAUGACAGCAUCCCGAUUCAGAGUUUGUCCUGCCCUCUUGGCGUCUUCGCCGCCACUGCCAUCGAGUUUUUUCCAUUUUUU